GAUUUGCAUUCAGUACCAACAAGUCAGUCGGCGUGUGAACACACAGUCUGCGGAUAGAAAUUGAAAUACGCAUUCGAAGCACUUGGGCGCGAUCGCGUCUUUUUCUUGCUUUCCAUACGUUUAGUAAGCAUUUCAUAAUAAGCUGUUGACGAUCGGGAGUGUGUGUGUGAUGAAAAGAUCAUUAAGAAAGAAAUUAUCAUAAGUAUUAAAGCAUUUGCCUCUGUUGGGAAUCAAUGAAGAAAUCUCGUUUUUGAAAUUUGCAUUUUUUUAGCAUAAGUUAAAGUGUUGAAAAAAUGAUGGUACAUAAGAACGUGUAAAGUGAUAGAAGUGCUUGAAAUUCAGAAAACGAAAUAUAUGUUAAUUAAAAAGUAACCGAACCACCUUCAGUACACAAGUUCAUCUGUGCCACAAUUACCUCACCGUUAGUGUACGCGUACCACGAAAAAUUAGAGGAAACAUGCAUUUUCCAAGCAUCUUAUUGACGGCUUUUUUGGCCGUCCAACUGAGUGAACGCGCUCUGUGUCAGCAACUGCCACCGCAAAAAUUUCAAACACAUCCGACGCGCAUGAAUGUAACCAACUGGAAUAGGCAUCAUCGCACAUCAGCUGCACCGAGAUCCGAUGAAAUGGCCAACACUUGCAAGGAUCUUCUAACAAAUCUACAUGAUCGCGUAAGCGUUUUAGCAACACUGGAUGAGGAUUUGCGCAAUCGUCUGGAAAAUAUUGAGAACAAGAUGGGCCAAUUCGAAGCAAGUAACUUGGGUCGCUUAGACUCCUUGGCAGUGCAGCAAACUGACUUCCUCAAGCGCCUUGACACGCUUGACUACUUGGAACGACAGACGAAGCGCAAUAUUGACGAAUUGAAAGGUGACUUGUACCAAGAGAGAAAAACAGAAGAAACCGUUUUGCGCACUGCUCGGCAGACCAAUGAUCGCUUGCCACAGAUGGUCUCAAACGAUGUCAAACUUGAUUCUCUGGGCUCUUUAUUGCUUUCGACGCGCUCAGCUGUUAACGAAUUGAAUAAUCAUCUUGAAACGAAUCUUAAUAAAUUGACAAACAUGGUGACGCGCGGCUUCAAACGCGUUCGAAACAACAAUCGUCAACCGACAAAUUUCUAUGACACCCGACAGCCGUCAGAGCCACUCAUCACCAGCUGCACACAAGGCGUACCAUCCAAUGGUAUUUUGCGUCUCCAACUCACACCCGAAUCAGAUCCCUUCUAUGUACGUUGUGAAGAUGAGUUGUUUGGUGGCGGCUGGACCAUUAUACAGAAUCGUUACAAUGGUAAACUGAACUUCUAUCGCAGCUGGCUCGAGUAUCAAACUGGAUUUGGCAAUAUUGGUGGCGAAUUUUUCAUCGGCCUUGAUAAACUGCACGCGCUCACUUCGUCGGCGGUGCAUGAGCUUUUGAUCACAUUGCAGGACUUCGAGGGCAACUCCCGUUAUGCACGUUAUAGUCUAUUUGCCAUCGGUAACGAGAAGGAGGACUAUGCGCUCAAUUUGCUGGGCGAAUAUGAGGGUGAUGCUGGUGACUCGUUGACCUAUCACGCAGGUAGCAAAUUUUCCACCUUCGAUAAUGACAACGACGGUUGUGUUGACUGCAAUUGUGCGCAGUCGCGAAACGGCGCUUGGUGGUACAACUGGUGCGACAUGAGCAACUUGAAUGGCAAAUACUUCGAGGAAAACUACAAUGCCACGACUCCGUAUCAAGGAAUGUAUUGGGAAAAAUUCAAUGGACCUUCUUAUUCAUUGAGGGCUGUGCGCAUGAUGAUACGCCCUGUGAACGCUGACAGUGAUUUGUCGAGCAAAUAGUUUAUAUAUUUAUGUUAAGCAUUAAUCAACCUAAAUGUAUGUGUAAAUUACUCAGCAUAAUCGUGCUCAGGCUCUCUAACUUAUGGGUGCAUCUACUUUUGCCAUUUACGAUUACUAUAUUACUAUGGUAUUGUGUUCAGAGUCUCACUCGCAUGAAAAAAGUUUUUAAAUGUUGCCUUUUGUCACAAAAUAUACUCAAAACGAGACUCAGUGUUAACUAUUUAAACUAGAUUAUCUGUACAAUAAUCCUAUAUGAAUGUUUAUCAAGAGAUGUAUUGAAUAACAUUUGUAAAUUUUAAUUUUGUAACUGUAUUUUAAAUAAAAACGUAUAAUGCCAUGUUGUAAAAAAUCAUUUCAUUAAAGUGAAUGACAAAUCGAAAA